AUGAGCAAAGAAUUGUCAUCAUCGAGCUUCGAAAAAUCAACCCCGAAAGAAGAAUCAUCCUCCACCAAGACAAUGCAAGCUCGCACACAGCCCAAAAAAACAAGGCAGUAUUUCACGGAAGAAAACGUGGAAUUAUUGGACCAUCCUCCAUAUAGUCCCGAUCUAAGUCCUAACCAUUUCUUCACUUUGCCGAAAAUUAAAAACAGACUGCGUGGUUCAAGGUUCCAGUCACCAGGAGAAGCAGUUGACGCAUUUAAAAAUGCCGUUUUGGAUCUGCCAGCAAACGAGUGGAAUAAGUGCUUCGAAAAUUAGUUCGGGCGCAUGCAGA